AUUGCAUGUACCACCAGUUAAGGUCCAUAAAGUUACUACAGGAGAAACAUUUGGAGCAGAAAAGCAGCUGCUGAGACAAAUGACAGUUCGGCUACAUGUGAAGUUCACAAGCCCACAGGAGAGUGAUGUCAUCAUUGUCUUCUGUCCAAUCAGCUCUCGUGUUGGGUCAGAUGUGGAAGCAGCCAUGAGGAAGGUUUCAGAUGAUAAAAAGAUCAUUCUGGUUGUGAUGCAUCACACCCGAGAUGUCGACUACUCAACCGGUGGGAGAAGGUGGUCUGAGACCUUCAGGAAUGUUGUCCUGGAUGUUGAUGUCCUCUUCCACGAGACUGUACCAGGACUACUGAUCUGUGAUGAAAACAGGAAGGCCAUCCGCCAAAUACAGGAAUCUUUAGCUCAGUAUAGUAAAAAGUGGAUUCCACAACUCUUCGGUUGGAGACGACCUGAGACUCAGUCAGAAUCAGUCUCUGACAGCAGCAGCAAAGGGAGGCACAAGAAAACGUCCAGCGGUGUGGUUAAGGUCCAUAAAGUCACUACAGGAGAAACAUUUGGAGCAGAUGAAGGUCUACUGAGACAAAUGACAGAUGGGCUACAUGUGAAGUUCACAAGCCCAGAGGAGAGUGAUGUCAUCAUUGUCUUCUGUCAAAUCAGCUCUCGUGUUGGGUCAGAUGUGGAAGCAGCCAUGAGGAAGGUUUCAGAUGAUAAAAAGAUCAUUCUGGUUGUGAUGCAUCACACCCGAGAUGUCGACUACUCAACCGGUGGGAAAAGGUGGUCUGAGACCUUCAGGAAUGUUGUCCUGGAUGUUAAUGUCCUCUUCCACGAGACUGUACCAGGACUACUGAACUGUGAUGAAAACAAGAAGGCUGUCCGCCAAAUACAGGAUGCUUUAGGAACAAACUGCCUGUCCGGAGGACCAUUACCCAGGUCCGGCUGGGCCUGUAAGGCCUCUCACCACGGAGUCGAUGGCCCAGGUGACAACACCUACUACCUGGGCAUGCGGAAGGAUGGUGUCAGAACUCUUGGACAGUAG